AUGACCGGCACCAAUGGCCAAACCAACUCAUCCAUCGAUAAGCGGGACUUUGACGCAAACCGGCCACCACUCCGCAAUAUAGACCCAGAGCCAGAGGAUGAGGAUGGACCUACAAGAUCAGAAACAAGAUCUGAACGCCUAUGGUCAUCGCGACCAACAUCGCGCCGGUCGCGAGUUUCUUUCAGCGACGGUGGCCACCCGGGUAGUGAUGAUGGUCUUUUCAGCGACGUGGUCGAGGGGAUUGUGGAGCGUGAUCGUCGGAAAAUACAAAAGGAGAUGGUGCGAGUGUGUAGCUUUGCGUGGGGCGUUGUGAGUUGUCUCGGUGCUGGCAGUAUCACGGCCUUCUCUCUGUAUGGCCAUCUGAUGCUUACGCGUCUCCGUUACUCCCAGCUACAAGUCAAUGCUGUCUCGAUUGCGGCGGAGAUCUCGAUGUACCUGCUAGUCCCUCUGUUUGGCUACCUCUGUGAUCGGUACAGCCCGUCGCCAUUAUCACUCUUCUCCGGCUUCGUGUUUGGUCUUGGGUAUCUUCUGGCUGCAUUUACCUAUAAGAGCGGACCACCUACCGACGUUGGCGGGUCGGGCUGGCCAUUCUGGGUGAUGAUCGUGGCUUUUGUUCUAAUCGGGAUGGGCACGAGCUGCAUGUAUCUAGCGGCCGUCGCGACAUGUGCCAAGAACUUUGGCAGAGGCAAACAUAAAGGGAUCAUGCUGGCUGUUCCAAUUGCUGCUUUUGGCCUUAGUGGUAUGUGGCAAAGCCAGGUGGGCACUUAUCUGCUGUACGAGCGACAAGCCGAUGGGACCAGGGGCGAUGUCGAUGUAUUUCGGUACUUUCUGUUUUUGGCCAUCUUGCUCUUUGCUAUCGGCAUCAUUGGUACCUUUGGGCUGCGUAUCGUGGAUGAAGAAGAGGUGAAGUAUAUUGAUGAGACUGUUGAUGAGUUGGAGCGCAGUGGCCUGCUGGAAGACAGCGAAUUCUUCCGGCCCCGGAGCGAGGUGAGGGCUGCCGUUGAAUAUGGCACGUUCUCUUCCACAGCCGACGAGGAACAGGCGGCGACCUUGUCAGACGAGGAGCGGGACGAACGCAGACGCGAAAAGGAGAGAGAAGAAGAGGAGCGACGGAAGAAGAACUGGUUGCUAAACUACGAGACGCGGGUUUUCCUCCAGGACCAGACGAUGUGGUGGCUGGCCGCCGGCUUCUUCUUGGUCACCGGCCCUGGCGAGUCCUAUAUCAACAAUCUGGGUACCAUCAUUCCAACUCUGACACCUUUAUCCUAUGCUCCCAACGCCUCACCCCCAGCUGGCCUGCCAUCUACGCACGUCACCAUCGUUGCAUUAACCUCGACUCUCGCUCGACUGGCCACAGGCUCCCUCUCAGACUUCUUCGCUCCUCCAGCAACGCAUCUAUUCCCUGGAGGAGCGCGCCACCGACCCAGCUCAUUCCUGUCCGACACCCCAUCACGCCUGUCUUUCUCCCGCAUGAUCUUCCUUCUCCCUUCGGCCCUCCUCCUCUCAAUCGGCUACCUAAUCCUCGCCUCCCCACUUCCCCUCAAAGAACCCUCCAUCUUCCACCUAACCACCGCCCUCGUGGGACUCGGCUACGGCGCCGCCUUCUCCCUCACGCCCAUUAUCAUCUCCGUCGUCUGGGGCGUCGAGAACUUCGCUACGAACUGGGGUAUUGUAGCUAUGAUGCCUGCUCUGGGUGCUGCGCUCUGGGGCGUCAUCUACUCCCGGGCUUACCAGAAUGCGCUGGAUGACGGAUCAGGCUCUGGUUUGCCUGAUGGCCAGUGCCAUGGCUGGGGUUGUUAUGGGUACUGGGCUGUUGGCUGCACGGUUAGUGUUUGGGCCGCAUUGGUGGUCUGGACUGCUGCUUGGCGGAAGUGGAAGAGGAAUGGCGUUGUUGUCUAG